AUGUCCCUGGUGGAGGAAAUAGCAUAUGAGACGCCAGAGCAUGAGAGAGAACUGGCAGCCAUACGGCUAAAGGUCUACCCAGGCCAGCGACGGUUUCUACAGCAACCCACAACACCUGAGUUGCCCAGACGACGGCUGUCGGGAGGGGAGCGUUCCUAUUGGCUGCAGCGGACGCCUGUUCGCUGCACGGCAUAUCCAAUUUUCGGCGCAGACGGAGGGUCCGCCCACAUCCCCGGGGAAGGGCUCGAGUUGCUGUGCGGUGCAGCGGCGGCCGAGGCGGCGGCCGCUGGGCAUCUUGCGGGAGCUCCGGAGGCCGAACAGCGUUCGGAAGUUGAUUCAGACUCCGACCAGGAGACGGAAGGCAUCCAUGGGCCUGGAGAACUGGUCAAGGACACCCUCUACCUGAGGUCUUGCCAGGCCCAUAGAGUUGUGCCCGCCUCCUGCUUUCUGCGCCAAGGGAGCGCCCCAGAGCUGAACCUGCGGCACCGUGGCCUGGGGCCCCAGGGUGCCCGGGCUCUGGCUUUCGCACUGAACUCCAAUCCCUAUGUCAAGCGGCUGGACCUUCGAGACAAUGGGCUCUGUGAGGCCGGUGCAGAGGCCCUGGCAGGUGCCCUAAGCAAAAGCAGCAGCAUUUGUGAUGUGGACCUGUCGGAGAACCAGCUGGGAGCAGUGGGAGCCCAGGCUGUCUGUGCUGCCCUCAUGGUGAACCCAACCAUGCAGAAGAUACAGCUGGCAGGAAAUGGCCUAGACGAGCAGGCAGCCCCGUACCUUGCUGAACUCCUGCUGGCCCACACAGGCCUGAAAUCCCUGGACUUGAGCUAUAACCAGCUGAAUGACCAAGCAGGGGAGAUGCUUGGACCAGCCCUGGCAGAAAAUACUGGACUCACCGAGCUUAAUAUAAACUGGAAUCACCUUCGAGGACCAGGAGCUGUAGCCUUUGCCAGGGCACUGGAGGCAAACAUCUUCCUGAGAGUCCUGGACAUCUCAUACAAUGGCUUUGGAGAUCCUGGAGCAUCUGCAGUGGGUGAGGCACUUAAGACCAACAAUGUGUUGGAAGAGCUCAACAUGAGCAACAACCGCAUCUCUGCAGUGGGAGCCCUGAGCCUGGGCCUGGGCCUCCGGGUCAACCAGACACUGAGGAUGCUUGUUAUGUCCAGGAAUCCCAUGCGAGGCGAAGGCUGCUUUGGAGUUCUAAAGUCUGUCCGGGAUAAUCCAGGGUCCGCCCUAGAACUGCUGGAUUUCUCUGAUAUCCAAGUGGACAGAGAGUUUGAUGACCUCGCUAUCUCAGUGAAGGCAAUUCUUCCAGCACUUUAUAUCAAGACUGCUGCCCACAGAGUGGAGUACAAAAGACUUGCCUCCAGUCUACACCCCGUCCCUACUGGCGUCUGUCCCUAAGUGACUGCGGUAUGUGGCUUCUUCUCACAUUGGCCGCUUCAACUUCCAUGUGGAGAGUUCUUGGCCUCAGGAUGCUUUAUUACCACUUGAGUCUGCAGUGAGUCCCCAUGUCAGCUGGGUGGUAAGUCCUGUGGAGCCUGUCUUCAUGAUGACUCAGACACUUGUACCCUCCUCUCCAUCCCAUGGCCUCUGUUA